AAAAAAAAAAGAAGAGAGCUUUAUUUUUUUAUUAUUUCUUUGUGUUCAGUGAAUUUGAUUAUAAAAUCCCAUCUGUUUUCUCUCCUUCUCUUUCUCUACUGUCUUCUGAAAUGGAGCUUCAGAGAUCAUUGCUGGGACUUCUUCUAGGGUUUCUGGUGCUGUCCUUGACCCCGUUAUCGAGUGCGAGAUUUGUGGUGGAGAAGAACAGCUUGAGGGUCACAUCUCCAGAUAAAAUCAAAGGCACAUAUGACACUGCCAUUGGGAACUUUGGGAUUCCUCAGUACGGAGGCAGCAUGGCGGGUACUGUGCUGUAUCCAAAAGAGAAUCAGAAGGGCUGCAAGGAAUUCUCUGAAUUUGGGAUUUCGUUUAAAUCGACUCCUGGAGCUCUCCCAACGUUCGUUUUGGUCGAUCGUGGAGAUUGCUUCUUUGCCUUGAAGGUUUGGAAUGCCCAGAAGGCUGGGGCUUCUGCAGUUCUUGUUGCUGAUAAUAUUGAGGAGCCAUUAAUAACCAUGGACUCACCGGAAGAGGAUGGUUCAACUGCCAAAUACAUUGAAAACAUAACAAUACCAUCUGCACUCAUUGAAAAAAGUUUUGGGCAAACUUUAAAGAAAUCAAUCAGUUCUGGUGAUAUGGUCAAUGUGAAUCUUGACUGGAGAGAAGCUGUUCCACACCCAGAUGAUCGUGUGGAAUAUGAACUAUGGACCAACAGCAAUGAUGAAUGUGGGGUUAAAUGUGACAUGUUGAUGGAAUUUAUGAAGGAUUUUAGGGGUGCAGCACAGAUACUUGAAAUAGGUGGUUACACUCAGUUCACACCUCAUUAUAUAACUUGGUACUGUCCUCAAGCAUUCACCUUAAGCAAACAGUGCAAGUCCCAGUGUAUCAAUCAUGGAAGAUAUUGUGCUCCUGAUCCUGAACAGGACUUCAGCACUGGUUAUGAAGGGAAAGAUGUGGUUCUUGAAAAUUUAAGGCAGCUAUGUGUUUUUAAAGUGGUAAAUAAGACCAACAAGCCUUGGGUAUGGUGGGACUAUGUAACUGAUUUUCAAAUUAGAUGCCCCAUGAAGGAGAAAAAGUACAACAAGGAAUGUGCUGACAGUGUCAUUAAAUCUCUUGGCCUUGAUAUUAAGAAGGUUGAGCAGUGUAUGGGAGACCCAACUGCAGACUCUGAAAAUUCUGUUCUGAAAGAAGAGCAAGAUGCUCAGGUUGGGAAAGGAUCAAGAGGUGAUGUAACCAUAUUGCCUACCCUUGUUGUCAAUAAUCGACAAUACCGAGGAAAGUUGGAGAAGGGUGCAGUUCUGAAGGCUAUCUGUUCUGGUUUCGAGGAAACUACUGAGCCAGCUGUUUGUUUGAGUAGUGAUGUCGAGACAAAUGAGUGCUUGGAUAAUAAUGGUGGUUGCUGGCAGAAUAAAGCAGCCAACCUCACAGCCUGCAAGGAUACAUUUCGUGGGAGGGUAUGUGAGUGCCCUCUGGUUGAUGGUGUGCAAUUUAAAGGAGAUGGUUACACUACCUGUGAAGCAAGUGGGCCUGGGAGGUGCAAGGUAAACAAUGGAGGUUGUUGGCAUGAAGCUCGAGAUGGGCAUGCAUUCUCUGCUUGCACAGAUAAUGGAGAGGUCCAAUGUCAGUGUCCUCCUGGGUUUAAAGGUGAUGGUGUCAAAAGUUGUGAAGAUGUUGAUGAAUGCAGAGAGAAGAAAGCUUGCCAGUGCCCUGAAUGUAGCUGUAAAAAUACCUGGGGGAGCUAUGACUGCUCGUGUAGUGGGAAUCUUCUGUAUAUCAAGGACCAUGAUACCUGCAUAAGUAAGGCUGCUAGUGGGGGAAAGUCUGCAUGGGCUGCUGUGUGGGUUAUUUUGAUAGGCUUGGCUAUGGCUGGCGGUGGGGCAUAUCUUGUGUACAAAUAUAGAUUGCGGUCAUAUAUGGAUUCAGAAAUAAGAGCUAUAAUGGCACAGUAUAUGCCUCUGGACAGUCAAGCUGAAGUUCCAAAUCAUGUGAACGAUGAACGAGCGUGAAAACAGAAACCCCCAUUAUCGCAUGCUGAGGAUUUUAUGUGAUGCAGCAUGGAUAUGGAUUGUUAUACAUCUUUCGAUUUUCAGUCUUGAAUUUUGAGCCCGAUCUUUUAUCCUCUACGUCAUGUUGGAUUGUAAAUGAAUGCAGAUUAGAAUGUCUUGUUUUUUUAGGACUGUAGCAUGCCUACCCCUUGGAGUAAGGUAGAUUGCAAGGAGUUUUAGAUGUAGUAGCAAACAACUCUCUUCCCAUCCCAAAGUCACGAAAUCUUUUCCUCAGAUUUAAAUUGUUAUUCUGUAAUUUACUUUUGCCUGUAAGAAGAGACUGACUUCAUGUCAUAUUUAUACCU